GUUUGUGUGACAGAGACGUGAGCGGCGUGGAGCUGCUGAUGAACAACCACCAGUCGCUGAAGGCGGAGAUCGAGACGCGCGAGGACAACUUCGCGGCCUGCAUCUCGCUGGGGCGCGAGCUGCUCGCCGCGCAGCACUACGCCUCCGCAGACAUCAAGGACAAGCUGCAGCAGCUCAACAACCAGCGCAACGCGCUGCUGCGCCGCUGGGAGGAGCGCUGGGAGAACCUGCAGCUCAGUACGUCCUUACUCUCGCGCUACGCCCUUACACAUUCACACUUAGGAGUUAAGAGAAUUAGGGAAAUGUCAAAUAGAUACAAAAACCUAUUUCUGAGCUGCAGCUGUUAAGACUGAAGGCCCCUU